AUGCCCAAGAAACAAUUAACAAAUAAAAAGGUAGUGUUGUGUGAUUUGUGCAAUAAAUUCCUUCCAUCGUUGUCAAUCCUGGCAAGUCACAAGCGUAGAUGGCACCAGCAGCCAUCCACCGAUAAGAAGACUGAAGAGAAGCCACCAGGUCAUGUCAGGGCAUCAACCUCAGAUGAAGUUAAAAAUGGCAGCGUCAUUGUGAAGAAGUCACAAAAUGUGGGCAGCAAGAAACCUGAAGAUGAAUCUGGUGAUAACCGAUCACAAAAUGACGAUAGCAAUACACCACAUAACUUUGCCAAAAGACCACGAAAAGAAAGCAGUGAGCACAACGGAUCAAGAGUGUCAAACAUAAAACCUCAAGACAGUUUGAGACCACUAAAAGAUGGCGGCAGUACUCCGAUGAAACCACAGGAUGGUGACACAACUACUGUGAAUAGACAGCAGGAUGCUAGUAGUUCGGCAAAGUGGCCGGUAGAUGGUAGAGCUAGUGGUGGCCAAAAAGACAUGGAUUUCAAACUGCCUUGUUGUAUUUGCGACAAGCGUUUUGCGACCGCUUCAGAGUUGGAAAGCCAUCGACGUGAGAGGCAUAAAUGCAAACAAUCGCCGACCCCGCUGCCUAAUAAAGUGUGUUGCAAUCUGUGCUAUGUGAUGUUUCCUACGAUUGGUGCUCUCCUAAACCAUAAGUAUGACCACCAUAAAAAAGGUUCCUAA